GUGUGUAGGUCAGAAUUCAAGUCUUCUUCAUCAUGUUGUUUUAUAUCUAGGUCGUUGAGGCGGGCAACAAAUGCAGUCAUAAUUUGCUGUCACUUAUGCAGAGCGAGGGAGAUAAGUAAAAGCAAUGUCGACCACAAGCGAUUCAGCUAUUGCGCCUGCUACGUCCCCCACAGCUGAUGAUGAUAGCCCAGCGCCUUCCGCGAUCAAGGAAGCCGCCACUGAUGACAGGGACUUCGUCACCCUUCGGCAUCGGCCGUUGCUCGAGCAGAUUUGUCGAAAAUAUGUUGGCGAUAGCGAGCAUGACUUGGAGAAGAUGGUGGUGGAGGUUGGAACCACAGAUCGCAAGUUGCGUGACACUGCGGAUGAAGAUGACAACGACGAUGCUGGGCCAGCCAGUUCUGCUGAUGAAGGUGCUGGUGCGACAACGGGCGACCAGUCCUUCGCAUCAAAUGAGGCGGAUGGUGGACCCGGCACAAGCGACACUGAGACUGAAAACACUGCGAAGGGAGCUUCAACUGAAGGAAAGGCUCCCGCAAAACGUUGGCCGCCCUAUCCGGAAGUCCUAGCGCAGUCGUCACAGCGCAUACGCAAGAAUGGAUUGCCCCCAGGCGCAAGCAGUGGCAUGGCGCGGGCUGAGGUAGUGAAAUACCUCCCGCAUGUGCGGGAGAGUUUCUUGCAGGUCGUACAUGGUGAAAGUGGAGAAGGCUAUCGCGGUCGGCGGACAAGCACCCUGCCAAAAGGUCGAUACUGGAUUGAUGGGCCUCUUGGGUACUUUGAGUACCUCUACGAUGGGCGGAAAUUGUGCCCGACGGUCGCCUUGCCCGCUGGUGGCGAUAGUACCACGUCCACAAUAGACGGCGCUCCGAUUGUGGUUGAACAGCCAAGUGCCCUUGUUGAGUCGCCAAAAUCGUUACCGUGUAUCGUCUCUGGUAAACUCCUGCACGAUGACGAGGCGCAUCUGUGGCAUUGGGUGCAGAUGCCGCAAGGACGGACUUUCGCUCUGGAUCCGACGGAGGAAGCGCAAAAAGCCAUGGAUGCAGAGGACGGCGUGAGCGAAAGCGCUCCAAAGCUCGGGCAGCACUGGCUCGUAACAGAUGCAGGAGCUGAAAUAGGCGGUGCAGGGAAUGAAGGAAGCGUGCAGGCAAGUGCGCAGGAGAAUCCCGUGAAGGGCUCAGCGAUGUUGGAGCUCUCGACGAGUUUUGCAAGGGAGACGGUGAAUGAUGGGGAGAGUUCGGAGGCAAAUGCAAGUGUCACUGCCACUUCGCCGGCUGGAGAGAAAGCUGGCGAUCCAGAAACGAAGGUUGAUGCGGACGAAAGCGGACACCACACGAAUGCAGACGUUGUUGAAGAAGCUUCAGCGGACGCACGUGCAGGAGAUGAGAAUCCAACGAAGACAAGUCGCGGUGAUGCAGGGGGAGAGGCUAUUACUGCACAACCGGCGGGUAACAUGGAGGAGCAUUCGGGAGAACAGCCUGUAGUUGAAAAGAAUGAUGGAGGCGCGAACGGUGGUGUUCAGCCAUCCAAAGAACAACCGUCAUUCGCCGAGUUACCUGAGGCGGCCACAGCCGACGCUUCAGCGUCUGCAUCUCCUGUGACGCAUGCGAAAGCGCAGCCAGACCAACCGAAGAAGGGCGAUUCUGCCACUUUGACAACCGCAGAUUCGAAUCAGCCAAAAGCGCCUGCAGGAGGUGUUGGCCUUGCUGUGACGGAGAGCUCUUCUCCUGGAUCUUACACGCUAGCUCGGUUGAAAGGCCAGGUUGAGGGCAUCGUUGUGGGCGAGCCGACACCGCAGUUCCCGCUUCGAGCGCAGUUUUUUUUUCCGCGAAUCGGGGUCACGGGCUGGGUUUCGCUAUCGUCCGCUGGUAACUCAAUGGGAAAGGUCGAUGAAGCGACAGGUGGACACCAAACUUACAUGCGUCUAAAUCAGUAUCGCGAAAAGACAUUCCGGGAUCUCAUCUUAGAUGCUGGUGGGAAUGUCCAAGAAGAUGCAGAGAAGUUGCGAGAACAAAUAGAUCACAAUCAAAAGGCUCUGCAAGCGCACAAGCGAGCUAUGACAGAAGGUAAUGCAUCACCCGGAGAGCAAGGUGGCUCGUCAGGGACUGCUCAGACUGCCGAAGAUGGCGAAACCAAAGCAGGAGCCCCAGGCUUUGCACCUCCUAGUGUGAAGAAGGAGGCAGAGGCUGCGAAAAUUGCAGAAAUACAAAUGGAGGCGCAGCCCUCGCCGGAAGAGCAGGAACUGCAGAGGCUAGAAGACGAGAGUACACAUUUGCAGAAGGAGUGGGAUCGCCUGCAUUGUCAAAGACUUCCACAAGUGCGCUAUUCGCCUGCGAAGGGGACAGACCCGCUGGAUCAUUUCGCUGCUGUGACGUGCGCGAGUAAAGAUUUUGUCAAUGCUUUGCUCUCCAAGUUGAGAAUUACAACUGAAAUCGUUCGUAAGCCGGAUGAUGUUCAGCCAAUGUAUGCAACCUCUGCACAGGAGGCAGUCGGUAAUGGUACUACUGGUGGAGCGUUCCUGUCGACAGGCAGCGACACUAGUGAGGCUGCGAGGAAGAUGAUUCCGUCUUUGGGUGUGCACUUCUUUCGCGAUUUCGAUUUGUCACACAGGGCUAAAAUGGCAAAGGGCAUGCAGAACAGAGUGGUGGAGUUUCUCGACCAGUUUUUCUUUUUUCCAGCUCGAAGCACCCGUAAGCGUAAGUUUUACGUCGACGUCAUCGGUCCGGGACGCCCAACGAACUACCCUGUUUACGCACAGCACACACUAUCGCACCCACGUGCGUGGGACCAUUCCCUCUACAAGAUGACAAAGAAGGCUUUGCAAAUGAAGGAGGGCGAAGAAGGAAACUUGACGCAAAAGGGGCUUCGCCGGAGCUUGUUAAAUUUGAAAGAUGCAGGACUUCUCGUGAAACCGAUCCCACCAAUAAAAAGUCCGGAUGACGCGGUUGAUGCGCGGAGACUGUUUCCAAGGGUGCCACCGGCGUUGGAGAAGCAUGCGAUCGCGGUAGUGUUGGAAGCCGACUAUGGUCGCAAGGCAGCAACAUCGGGCGGUGUAGUGGAGAACGAUCCGGGAGGGACAUUUGAAGGUGCAGAUGAAGAAAGCCGUGGCGCAGGCGGGAAGAAUGUUGCAGACUCCGAGGGAGCAGACCACAGCUUUUUGCAACCCUCGGUUGAGACUGACGGUGCGAGUCGCAUGAUCUACCUAGGGACCAAUGCGGAUAGUCCGCUGGUACACGCAACUUGUCACGCGGGUGAACCCUUCAGCUGUUUGGACGAGCUUCGUAAAUAUUUAGGGCUUUCUGGCUCGCCAGGUGGAGGGUUGACUGGUAAAGCUGUGAGGACCUUCGAAGCCACCUUGGAAAAUUGGUGGCAGGAUUAUGGGAAAAUCAAGAUAAGCUGAGGUCAUGGCUUCGGCUUCCCCAAGCUCCUCUCGCUGGACCGUACUUUGUUCACCACUUUGAGAUAGGUCAGGUUUGGAAACACACUCUACCCAGCGUCAGCUUCACAGCUGACAUGCGAGCAGAAUCCCUGCUUCUGCAAAUCGACUAAAUUUAAAGAUGAAGAUCAUUUUCACUCUAAACAAAGUCGUGCGAGCAAAGAUCGUUGUCUUCUGCCAAGUAUUAUGAUGUUCACAUCACAGCUUUCGUGGUGUGCCCUUCCACUGAGGCUCUGCCACUGAAGUCAAACUCAAUCAAUUCCUAAAAACAACGCUGAUGCUUAAUGGUACAAACGCCUAUGGCCACUACCACGGUCGCACACCACUCGUCAAAUCAACGCAUGUGCCCUGGAACAUGCAAGAUCCAAGGCCAGACUUUCAGAAGAUCAGGUGCACAUAAGACACAAGAGAUCAUAUGAUCAUGAAAUUUUUCUCCUAUAUCAGUCCGUACAGGCUGUCUGAUGUGCUUGCGCGGUUUGGGAUGGAGGAAUAAGAGAACGGGGUCUAGCUGGAGUCGAGCCUACCAUUAUAGGCUGCGUCACCUUACCGAUCCCCGGACAGACUCUUAGAUUUCUAAUUUCAGAUGCUUGCCACACACAGGUUCCUCAUGAUGCGCUGCCGGUCGAAGUACUUCGUUCUACUCUCGCGCUUCCUUGCCUCUCCGCAGGCGGCAAUAAUCCGCGGCGUUUGCUUGAGGUUUCUCAAAUCCUUUUCAGGCCUUGCAACGAUCGCCUCCUAUGUCAGACCAUGCAAACUAGCAUACUGAGUGUUUGUCUGGCUUGGGAUGGAGGCAUACCAAGACGGGGUCUAGCUGGAGUCUUCGCUUCACAGUCUUACUGUAUUUGCUAAGCUUAGUCACCUUACCGAUCCCCGGAUAUUUGCUCCUAUCAGUCUCCUGUGGCUUAUUGUAAGUAAUACUUUCUUCGCGUCUUUGCCUUUUACAGUGCUAAGCAGAUCCACCAGCUACUCGUAGGAUGACACUUGGCUCUCUCUCCCGAGGUUGCGUUGAUCUCUUUUGAGCGGCGCAAUUUCUGAGGCACAAACACCACCGGAAUAUUUAUUUGUCUGACGAUAUGUGCUCUCAAUCUCCAUGAUUCGCUUCAAUUGUUAGUAACCAUGUAGAAUGUCCCCCGACGCGGCAUGAUGAUCACUGGCUCUCUCUCCCGAUGUCGGCAAUGCCGGCAAUCGUAUGAGGCAGAAACACCAUCGGAAUCUUAUACUUCUGAGCGGCGCCACAGGCUGUACUCGUUGCGCGAGUAAUUCCUAUUCAACAACGAGCUAGACUAGCGGGUAGAAUUCGCCCGGGAAAUCUUAGGCAGGCUGCCGAGUUGAUUCGCGUCGUCGUCGAUUCCUAUUCGGAGAUACGUACUCCAUUAAUCUGGCGUUAUGAAAUCAGUUGUAGAAACGAAAUGAGAAGCUUCCUGCGGUUCUGGUGGGUUUUGAUCGCAGCUCGCGUGGAAAAUCGCUCAGGGUCUAUCUUGUGAACAUCAUGCAGCUUGUGUUGACAUAGUUGCCGAAGAGAAGCUGCGCGUAUCGAAGAAGCGUGGGGGAAUAAAUGCGGGUGUUGUUGCUGAGAGUGCCAGAAUAUUGUCUGCGUGAUUUUCAUCCUCUUUUGAACGAAACGAG